GAGAGAAGAAAACAUCGCCGCUGCUCAGAUGGAUCAGAUGGCUUAGCUGAAACUGCUCGUUAAAAAAGACAACAACAACAGACUAGUUUAAGUCUCUGAUAACGCUCUACAUGGGCAACUUCUCUGUCACUGACAAGCGCUUCAGCUGCUCCUGUUCAGACAUUAAAGCGAUUUGGGGAUCCAGUCCUCGGUGAAGGCUGCUCCUGACAGGUGCGCGCAGUGCGCAGAGAGGAUGGGCAGACGCGAGGCGGACAGCAGAGGCGCAAUGAACACCAGUGACCGCUCCGAGCUCGGCUGCUUGCAGGACGCGGCGUCCAGCGGCCACCGAGCCGGCGGGGAGUCUCCGAGGCUGGGCAGCCACCGUCCCUGCAGCGCGGACAACCGGCAGAGAAACCCAGAGGACGCGGAGGCGGCGGGCCGGGCACCGACGGCCGCGGCGCCGAUGGAAGUGAAGAAGCACCAGCACAAACACAACUUGAAACAUCGCUACGAAGUGAUGGAGACUCUGGGGAAAGGCACCUACGGCAAAGUGAAGAAGGCGGUAGAGAGGGCGAGCAUGAAGACGUUGGCGAUCAAGUCGAUCCGCAAGGAGCGCAUCACUGAUGACCUGGACAAAAUUCACAUCCAGAGAGAGAUCGAGAUCACCUCCUCGCUUAGGCACUCCAACAUCAUACGCUUCCACGAGGUGUUUGAGAGCCGGGAUAAGAUUGUGAUAGUGAUGGAGUAUGCCAGCAGAGGAGAGCUGUACGAUUACAUCCAGGAGAGGAGGAGACUGCCAGAAACAGAAGCCAGAAGCAUCUUCAGACAAAUCACAUCUGCUGUCCACUACUGCCACAAGAACGGUGUUGUGCAUCGAGACCUCAAACUGGAGAACAUCCUUUUAGAUCAAGAUCUGAAUGUAAAGCUGGCUGACUUUGGCCUGUCCAAUCAUUUCCGGAGGGGCACUCUGCUGCAGACCUACUGUGGAAGUCCACUCUAUGCUGCGCCAGAGAUAGUGAAAGGACUGCCAUACCAGGGGCCAGAGGUGGACUGCUGGGCACUGGGGGUCUUGCUCUAUGCCCUGGUGUACAGCAGCAUGCCAUUUGAUGGGGGCAGUCACACCACCCUCACUGAGCAGAUCAGCCAAGGUCGCUACCACAGACCCAACCCUCCCUCAGACGCCUGCGCUCUUAUCGACUGGUUGUUGACAGUACGUGUGGACGAGAGAGCCACGAUAGAGGAUGUGGCCAACCAUUGGUGGGUGAACUGGGGUUACGAAGAGAGUGUGUGUGACUGCUCUUCAUCUCCACGCCAAGAAUGCCCCUCCCCCCUGCUGGCUCGCUACAUCGACUGGCAGAAUCGGGUCGUUGCCGCCAGCGAGAUGGCCAUUGACCCAGAGUGUCUCUCCACGGAGUCCUCCCGUCCGACUCAGUGCUCUCACCACUCUUUUUACUUCAGCUUACCUCUAAAGAGCGACCGUGGAGGAGGAGGAGGAGGAGGAGGUGGUGGAGUAGGAAGAGCACGCGGAGGAAUGUCAAGCCUCAGGAAGUCGCGCAAAGAGAAUGCAAUUCCCCAGACUGCACAGGGAGCAUGCGGUGGUGUUGGUGCAACAGCUGCCUCCUCUGCUGUGAUUUCCUCCACGUCCACCAUUGAGAGAAAGAAACCCAAAGGUAUUCUGAAACCACAGAGGAGUUUUGACUCAGUCUUUCACAGCCCUCCUAAAGAAAACUCUCCCUCCCAGCCACGUAGCACCUCUCUCCAGCCUUAUCGAACACAUACACUUGCCCAAACACACGCUGAAGUCCUGUCUGCAAGUUUGCCGUCUCCCUCUACAUUCAGUCAGCCCUCAUCUAAAAUGCCCAAGAAGGGGAUACUGAAGAACUUGUAUGGAGGGGAGUCAGGUUAUGGCUCACCCUCAGACAGAAGGGGCUCUGGAGCAGGAGUAAAAGAGGGCGAUGCAAGUGAUUUGUGCUCCCACAAACAGGACAUUUGUCUCCCAGCAGCAGCAGACAGUCCCACCAUGCGCACAGAGGCAGUAAGAAGAAGGAAGGGUAUUCUGAAACGCAAUGGCAAGUUUUCACGCAGUCUGGAUCUUCCUGAUGACCACUACUCAUCUCCCUCUUCGGCCCCAGCGAUGUUCCCCGAGGCUCUGCAGCAGCUCCUCCAGGCCGCAGGGGGUGCUGAGGGCCGCCGUAGCCGCCCCUCCAGCGUGGUGAGCGAGGACAGCCUCUUCUCUUCCGAUUCCUUUGACCUGCUGGACCUCAGCGCCCAGUCACGUCGCAGGAUCUUCUCCCGGGGGAUACAGCACAGCGCCUGCAGCUCUGAGGAAGACCUGGAGGAGCUCAGAGCUGAGGCAGACAGGGCUGGUGAAGAUGGAGAAGGACAGAAGAAAAUGCUAACAUAAGAGACAUAAGUUCAAUCUUUUCUGAUUAUCAGUGCCUGCCAUCUUGAAAAGACUUAAUGAACUCUGGAAAGGUUGCAUCUCUAAUUCUUGGACUCUCCGGAGAAUUGUACUGUCAGUGAAAAACACCAUUUCUUGGCAAAUAUGAUAAAUUAAAGUGUACUCUCUUACAAUUUAACUGUAUUGUGAAUGUGAGGCAGAACAGAGAGUUACAUGAUAUUAAGUGGAACCCAAAGGGGAUCCAGUAUCUGCGGUAUUGCAGAGAAAAGUGGACAAACAGUAUGAACUUGCGCUAACCUCACCUGCACUACAAAUCCUCUUUUUAGAUUUUAGCAGAUCUCCAUUCAGAUAAGCCUUUAGAGUCUGAAUCUGGAUGCUGUAAUCUGGUAAAGUUAACACUGCAGGUUUUUGGAAAACUGACGAGAAGUAUAAACGAGCGCCAACGAGCAAGUGUGUCAAUAGUGACAAUAAACUGACUAGAUAGACAGCUCUAUUGUGAGGAUAAAUUCUGCUAAACUGUUUUAAUACUUCUAACUCACUAACACUUAAGCCUAUUUAGCAUUUAUAAGCAUUAUAUAAACAUUUAACUGAUAGUUUGUGACUAACUGAAAUAUAGUUGUAUGCAGAUAUAAGGACAUUUUUAAGUGUUUACUAAUGUUACAGCAUUUGUCAGUUGGUGUUAUCUGCAUACGACUACAUCAUAAUGUGUCAUAAACCAUUUAUCAAAUCUUUAUAUACUGCUUAUAAAUGUUUAAUAGGCGGGGUUAAAGUACAGUUUUAUCUAUUUCACCAUGUUAUUGAGUAUAUUUGUACUACACAGUAUUACACUGUGCACAAUUUGCUCCUUUGCACCAACAGACACAGUGUGAAUAGCAGAUGGAUCACAUUGCUUUUUACCGUGACACCACCAACGCUGCUGUGGACGUUUAAAAAAAAACUGUUGAUGUAUGCAGUAGAUGUAUGCAAUUUUAAAUCUGUAAUUUUCAUACUGUGAGAAGCAAAUUCAUUUUGUUCAAGCAUUUCAUUUUUUUUAAGUAAAUAAAUUAUGUGAAAUUGAA